CAUUGUCGGACCCGACCGUGGCCAGGGUGGCGGGCUGAAGGGCCUUCUUAAAACUCCUUCCGUGGCCGGGAAGCCCGCUGGACCAGAGUACCCGUGGCCUCGGGAGCGCGCCGGGGCCGCGGGAUGGGCGCGGAGGUGGGCGUGGACUCUACUAGCUCGGACGCUGGGAGAGGGCGCGCGGCUCAGGAAAGCCAUGACAUUUGUGUCAUCCGCGGCCCAGGGGUUGUGCCUGAGUGGUGUGUGCCCUGCCGUCUGGGUUUGAAUGGGACUAGAUGUGAUGUGACUCUGUUGCCAUUUUUCUUUUAUCAGCAAGGACAUUGAGGUCCCUAUCACCGCUUGCCUAGACAACUUCAUGGGAAGGCCCUUGGGAAUCUGAGAUGGAGCAGGCGAACCCUUUACGUCCAGAUGGCGAGUCCAAAGGAGCUUUUUGCUUUUUAUUUGAAUUCUCCCCACUCAUUUGAGAAGGAAGGACAUGGAAUUUUAGUUGCAACCAGAUGAUUUAUUCAAAUAGGCGGGGAUUUUGACCUUUUUUGGGACAAAGCUGACUGGCUAGGAUGAGAUGCCAUCGUAACUUCCAAGUAAUGUGGAUUUUUCUGUGGACAUGAGCCAAGUGAAUGUAAUCUCCAAGAGUGUCAUGCCUGGUUGUCCGUGUUUUGGUGUUUUAGCUCACUUGGAAAGGCUAGAGACCCAAGUGAGCAGAUCCCGUAAACAGUCUGAAGAGCUGCAGAGUGUGCAGGCCCAGGAAGGUGCUCUUGGAACCAAGAUUCAUAAACUAAGGCGUUUGCGAGAUGAGCUGAGGGCUGCGGUGCGGCACCGGCGAGCCAGCGUGAAAGCAUGUAUUACCAAUGUAGAACCCAACCAAACAGUGGAGAUCAAUGAGCAGGAAGCACUGGAAGAGAAAUUGGGAAAUGUGAAAGCCAUUCUGCAGGCAUAUCAUUUUACAGGCCUCAGUGGUAAACUGACCAGCCGAGGAGUUUGCGUCUGCAUCAAUACUGCUUUUGAGGGGAACCUAUUGGAUUCCUAUUUUGUGGACCUUGUCAUACAGAAACCACUCCGGAUACAUCACCAUUCAGUCCCAGUCUUCAUUCCUCUGGAAGAGAUAGCUGCAAAAUAUUUACAGACCAACAUCCAGCACUUCCUGUUCAGUCUCUGCGAGUACCUGAAUGCUUACUCUGGGAGGAAGUACCAGGCAGACCGGCUUCAGAGUGACUUUGCAGCCCUCCUGACUGGGCCCUUGCAGAGAAACCCACUGUGUAACUUGCUGUCAUUUACUUACAAACUGGAUCCAGGGGGUCAGUCCUUCCCGUUCUGUGCUAGAUUGCUGUAUAAGGACCUCACAGCAACUCUUCCCACUGACGUCACCGUGACAUGUCAAGGAGUGGAAGCAUUAUCCACUUCGUGGGAGGAACAACGAGCAUCUCAUGAAACUCUGUUCUGUACGAAGCCCUUGCAUCAAGUGUUUGCCUCAUUUGCAAGAAAAGGAGAAAAGUUGGAUAUGAGUCUGGUCUCCUAAUAGAUCGUUUUUACUGCACUGGGAGCACAUCAGAGAAAUAAAUCCCCCCUCCCCUGCCAGGUGAAAGGAAAUAUUGCACUUUCUGUUCUCAUGACUAAGGGGACAGGAGUUCCAGAAGAACCUUUCAAGAUGAUCAGGAACACCAGGAUGAGGGCCAUCUCACCUCACUCGGACCACAUGGAGACUUCCCCUUUAGAAUGGGCGCAAAACAUUUGCCAGCCACGUCUUGCCCCACUGAGCCCUGUCUGAAGCGGAGCUUCCCUGCCUGUGCUCCCUCCACAGUCCUGGAAAGCCCAGCAGCAAAGGCAGCUUCGUCCCAGCUCUGCCACCCUCCUGCUCACUGUGCUCCCUCCACAGUCCCGGAAAGCCCAGCGGCAAAGGCAGCUUCGUCCCAGCUCUGCCACCCUCCUGCUCACAGUGGUCAGGGCCCCUCAGGGGCAAGGACAGCAGGGAUUGGAACGAGGGCUCUGGAAGGACUGUUCAGCCCUAUGCCUAAGACCCCUAUGCUGGGGACGCUACAGGCACACAGAGGAAUAGCAGGGCCACCCUCAGAGCUCACACAUCCACGAACAAAUGAAGGCUGAGGAGAUUUCUAAACCUAAAGUCCAUAAGUGUGCACUUCAGUCCAGGAAGGUUGGGACUUCCUUCAGUUUCAAAAAAUAAAUUCUCCCUUCCGGUUUGGACUGUUGCAGACUCGAGGCCAUUCAGGAGUUGUCCACCACCUGGUGGGGCAGUGUGACAGAGGGGCCAUUGGGGAAGGCAGCUGGCUUAUCCCGCCCCUUCAAGAAGAAGGUCAGCAGCUCCCCCUUCCCCUUCACAAAGAUGGGGCCUCGCCUCACAAAGCGGAAGCCGUACUCUCGGAGGAUGACUUGGGUUUCUUCUACCACCUGUAGAGGGAGGGGUGGGGAGCAAGAACGUGGCGUUACAGGGGGAGCCUAGACUGAGGGCAGGUGGGGGCUUUGGGUGGUUGGAGCUGAGCACUGAUCCAUGGGGUCCCAAGCAGUACAGGGCCCUCCCCAAACCUCCCAGGGCCAAGCUCUUCCACCCAUGGUGAGCAGUGGGUGGGCAGGAGAACCCUGGAGUGACUGGCUGGGGGCCUCCUCUCAUCCAGAGACUUCUCUCCUAGGAUGGCCAUGGUCGCCUGGGUGGCAGCACUGUUGCCUGGAAACUGCCACUGCCUGCUCUUCUGUCCCUUUGCCCUUUCAUGGAGCUUUUCUGCCAGACCCCGCUGAGACAGAUCACAAGGUAUCAGAGGGUUCAUACCCAGAGGCAGGCCAUACGCAUCCAGAACUUCAGCCCAGAUUUUGUGGAUGGGUGGAAGUGUUUCUCCCUGAGCUGAGGCUAGCUACUGCAGAGACUCCUUUCCACUGGCCCCAUGCCUCUGCCCGCGGACUCACUGUUCGGGGCCAGGGGCCAGGGGCCAGUGUGGGAGGCAGGGCGCGUGGGAAAGCACUGUCCGGUUUUGUUCCCAUGCCCUGAGUCUGAGCACGUGCCGGCUCUGCCCCUGGACAUACCUGAAUGUUGCCCAUGACCCCCGUGGACUCCAUCCUGCUGGCUACAUUGACUGUAUUGCCCCAGAUGUCGUAGUGUGGUUUCCGGGCUCCGAUGACCCCAGCCAGAACCCCGCCUUUGUUCAUGCCUAGGGUGGAGGCAUGAAGUUCAGUACAGCCACAGGCCAAACCUUGUUAUGGGCCUCAGAAGCCAACUCCUCCAGACCUGUACCACAAAGCUCCUAAUUAUGUAACACAUCAUUGUCCUCAUUCAUCUUGGCUGUAUGCUACUGGAGGGUGGAAAUCACAUCUCCUGUUUAUCCGUGUGCUUGGCAAGUGUCAGCCGCCACCCCCCACAUAUGCAGAUUUACUCGGCAUGGUAGUGGCCAGCUUCUAACACACCUGGUAUUUCAAGUCUCCUGGGACCUCACUCAGGAAUGAGACCCCCCUCAGUAGAAACAGCAGGUGAUCUUAACUCUUUUCAAAGAGCAGGCCGGUUGGGAAGCCAUGCCCUCAGCAGGCACAGUAACCCCUCUGGAAAUGGAUCACAAACUCACUUCUCAGCCAGGCAGGCCAGGCUUCUGUUGUAACAGUAGGCACAGUAUAGUCUGACCAUCACAUCAGCUGGGUUUUUGGUUUAGUCAUCUAGAGUCGUCUGGACUAAAGGUCUUUCAGGUCCCCUUGCCCUGUGAGUGCGUGAACCUCCCCACCCAAAUGCCUCAGUUGUCCUGAGCCUCAUAUCUCUCCUGCUGGUGGGCCGGGCCCCUGCGUGGGAAGGGAGCCUGCCGCUGGACAGGCCAGCUGGGGGCACUCACCUAUGCGCAGCAUGAAGUUAUUGAAGGACUGGUUGUUGAUGUUGGUGAGCGUAUCCUUCAUGGCCAGCGCGAAGUCGGCCAGGUCAGCCAGGUGCUGCCAGCGCUCUCUCUCGGACUUGUCCUCCUGUGCCAGGGGACCGUGGAGAAAGUGUCAGGGGCCGCGCACCGCAGCAGCCUCCUCUGCUGCCUUCCCUGGCGGUGUUCUGGGGGUGGAUUCCCUACACCUAGAUGUUCAAGGCCUUAAUCCCUUCCUCCCACAAAGGAGUCGCAGCCACGCUAGCUCUGACUUGCCACUGUGACAAAGUUCACGUAGCAGGUCUAGGCAAAGACUGGGCAAUGGGGUAGAGGAGAUGGACCCGUGAGUCUGACCGCGAGGCGGGCCCCUUCACCUGGGCUGGGCCUGGUCCUUAGGUUUUGUCAAGUUGUCCUUGUUUGGAUCCCUUAACUAGAUGAUAAGCACUGGAGGGCGAUGACCUGCCUUGGACGUGUUUCUUUAACCUCGUCCAUACGAUAGUGAGGGCUGUGGGAUGGUUGUAGAGGUAAAACAGGAUGAUGAUGUUUUAAGACCAGAGUUUGGGACCAGGGCCCCUACACCUCAUUUUCUCUCCUGGUAGCUGAACACAGGUCUAAAUUAGCUUAACAAAAGAACAGGCUGCCGUCAGCCAGAGUUCUGAAGGCCACGCUUUUAAGUUUCCCUUGUUAACAGUUGCUCUCCAGUUCCUAUGAAAGGACAGAGCCUUAGGGGGCCUGGCCGCAGAACACAACCAUCUUAGGCCUGAGCUGUGAACAGCAGGGGGUUGUGUGUCUGUUCUAUUUGUCUGCUUGCCGAACUUUCUCAAUAAACCCUGUUUCUUAUUUAUA